UUGGCCCCACAAACGGACGCUUUUCACUCUGAGUGCCUCCUGCCAACAACUGUCUCCUGCUGUUGUCUCAGGCGAAAUCCUGAAAAUCACUUUCGGAAAAUCCCUAGAAAAUCAAUACUAAUGACCCAUUAAACGUGGCCUCAGCUGCACUCGUCCGUACUCUAAUGAGCUGAGUGCCAGCGACACCGGAAAUUGAAUGUUGAGUCUAACCAAGCGGCUGCAGCAGGAAAUCACAUCAGCAUCGGUUUUUAUCGUUCCGCUGGAAAAGUAACGGCACAGGUAACCCUAAAACGGAAGUCUUAGGCGUAAUGCCUUGCGCCUGAGUGGUUGCGUAGCAUGGGCUGUUCGGGUUCCAAGUCCACCGCCACAGCAGACGAUAUCAAAGCCCCCGUGUCAGCCAAGUCAACUAAAAUGGAAGCCAAGAAGGAGUACCCUGCCUCGGAGGCCUUUACUAUUCCCCUGGAGGUUGAUGAAAAUCCGGAAAUGCCGCUCAACGAGACUCUGCGACAGCCUCCAAAGCGGAUCCAGCAAAUGUUGCAGGAGGCGGCUAAGGCAGAGCCACCGACUCUGGAGGAGCUGGAGGACAAGCAGCAGAAGGCCGAGCAGCGGCGCCAGGAGUUGAUGCACCAAAAGCUGGAGAUUAUACAGAAAAAUGCACAAAUGCUGAUGCGAGGACAUGGGGAUGGGGACGAGGAGGGAGCCGGAAAUGGGGGAAAUGAAAAUCCGGACGGAGAGGAGGAAAAGCCAGAUAAUUAG